GGCAGAUAAUCACAGGCCACUGAAAGGAGGAGGACACACCUUCCGCUCAUUUGGUAACAGUUUGCACGGGGAUGCGCUUUGACUCACUAAAAGAUUUGACUCGUAUUUUUUUUCCUCCUGCAGUUUUGUCCUUUUUGCGCGCGCAUUGGCUUCGGUUUUGCAGCGUUUCUCAUCCAAGAUGACGGGGGUUUUUGAGAACCUGAACACAGAUAUGCAUUCGAACCAGAUUACCUCAAACAGUUACCACAGCUUGCACAAAUCGCAGGAAUCCCCUACUCUACCGGUCUCCACGGCGACGGAUAGCAGCUUUUACAAUAGCCAGCAGCCAGGGCACUGCCCCGGGUCUCCUUUUGGUCAACUCGGCUCCUAUCAGUACCACGGAGGCGCCGCGGCUUCUGUGCCAUACCCUAACGCCAAAGCAUACGAGCUUGGCUUCAAUUCUUCAUAUGGUGCUUAUGGCUCUUACGGCUCCAACUCCUCUCCUACUCCUGUCGAGACAGAGAAAGAAGAAAGCGAGCCGGAAAUCCGGAUGGUGAAUGGAAAACCAAAGAAGGUCAGGAAACCUCGGACCAUUUAUUCCAGCUUCCAACUGGCUGCUCUGCAGCGAAGGUUUCAAAAGACGCAGUAUUUGGCUCUGCCGGAGCGCGCCGAGCUGGCAGCCUCGCUGGGACUCACACAAACACAGGUCAAGAUCUGGUUCCAGAACCGCCGCUCCAAAUUCAAGAAGCUGUGGAAAAGCGGGGAGAUUCCCCCAGAGCAGCACGUUGCUUCCAGUGAAUCUCCUCCCUGCACUUCUCCUUCGACUACUGCCUGGGACUUUCCACAGAAUCAAAGAAUGAACAGUAUCAGCUCGGGUAUACCUCCGAGUAGCGGCAGCCCUCCCAAUACCACUGCGCCUUCAUCGUUUUUGGCAAACUACUCCUGGUAUUCAACUACGAACUCUACAACGCAUCUGCAGCCUGCUCUGGUUCAGCAUCACCACAACUCAGCCAUAAGUGCUGGGACGAUAUUCUGAAAUAAAAUAAAAAAAAGCAAACGAAAAAAAAAAACUGUGGGUUUUAAAACGGACAGUAAACAAAUGCCAAUAUUUCACAGACCUCUCGUGCGUCUUUACGCACAGAUAUUUAGCAGCAAAACAGGUUCACGAACUAGUUUUGAUGCCGGUGAAGGGAUAAAGAUUUACACUUAUUUUUGUAUUUAUUUAUUUUUCUUUGUUUGGGGGACGAAUGAACCACUGUUACCCAAAAUAUUCACAGUCUGGCCAAGAGCCUAACUUUUAAAAGGACGUCACUUUUUUUUUUUUUUUUUUGACAUUUUCUGAAAAAGUUUGACACCAGGACAACAUGUCACAGAUGUAGCGCAAAUUAUAUCUUUACUGUAUCGUGCCUUUUGCAAUAUGACCUCAUUUUGUUCUGCGGGGGAGAGAAAAAAACAACAACUAUUCACUCCUCAAAUAGCUUAGUUGAUAUGAAUAUACAGGAAGGGUAAGUGUUUUUGUAAAUAAUAUUCAGCACAGCCUUUUUUACAGCCCAUGUUACUCUUCUUAUAGGAUGGUGGUGCAAAUUCAUGAAUCACCGUACAAGCUACUGAUUGUUCACUCCUGAUUUAGGCCUACUCUUAUUCCAUUUUAUUGUGAUUUUGUCUUAUUUAUUUUAGCCGUGUUUCAUAUAUGGUCAGACUUUAUUUAAAUAAAAUGUUUCCUGUGA